UUGUCGUCACAAAUCGUCUGUAGUGCGAGAGCGUCGAGCUGACAAACACACACACACACAAACUUGCAGCAGUGACUCAAUAGCAUAGCGACAGACAAGGAAAAAGUUUGGCUCUGCUAGCCCGCACCCGCUCGCCCGCACCCGCACCCUCAAUUCGUGGCCUACAGCGAGUUGCGUGUACUGUAAACAGGCACUUAACUAGAUUAAAGAAAGCAUAGAACGUAUAUAUACUAGGGGAAGAAAAGAGAGCUAGCUAAGAAGAUCAAACAUCCUCUCAUCCGCUUCACCUUUCGCUAGUUUGUUUAUCUGUUCCAGGCAUCGCUGCUGCCCUUUGUUCGCCCACCUCUACAGAUUACCGUCUUUUCCGUCAGAAAUAGGCGAGGAUGGGCAACGCUCACGUCACUCACGGCGGCAACGGCAAGAAUAAAACGGCCAACGGCAAAGAUGAAGUGAGGAACGGCGGUGAUAGGAUCUUCGCUGCACUCCCCGAUUCAACGGCUUUUCCGCCUGCCAAAAAGGCGAUGGCUUCCGUCGCCGACUUGACGGAUCUUCAGAAGACGCUGCUUCAAGAGAGCUGGAAGCGGCUCGAAAAGGAUAUCGCCCAAGUUGGCAUCAUCAUGUUUAUCAAUUUGUUCGAAACCCAUCCAGACAUGCAGUCGGUCUUCUUGCCGUUUACGGGUGUCGUCCUCGAUGACCUGAAGAAAAGCAAGUUGCUUUCGGAACACGCUCUCAGAGUCAUGGGGGCCGUACAACGGGCAGUCCAUCGUCUACAGGAACCCGAAAAGUUACACGCCUUCCUCUCCGAACUCGGGCGAAAACACGAAAAAAAUGGAGCCAAACUUGAGUACAUUGACUACAUUGGACCGCAGUUCUUGUGCGCCAUCCGCCCGAUUCUUGGAGACGACUGGACGUUGGAAACUGAGAAAGCCUGGACUUUGCUGCUCGACUACAUGACCGCCACCAUGAAAGAGUCCCUUGUGGAAGCGAGAAACGCUUCCGCCGCAGAGUCAUCGAAGCCACUGACUCUUCCGCCUUCGUCAUCGUCUUCGUUAUCGGCAGCCACGGAUGACUGAGAUUCUUCUGUCAUUCUGAGAAAGAAAGAAAGACAGAACCAUCACCGAGAACCAGCACACAUCGUUCUAAAUGAUCGCUCUAGGAAAUAAUUGCAACUGGGUUGUAUGUGUAUACGCGGCGUAUGAGAAUUGGGUACAUAGACACAAAAAAAUGCGGAUGAGGAGAGAGAGAGAGAAGCGCUCGGGAUUGGCGGCCAUUGGCGGAUUGGCUAUUGUCCAAACAAGAGAAUUUCAUAAUGUUUUCCCGAUGUUCAAUUCCUUGUUGUCCUUCGAUAUAUAGCUCAAAAGAAAAA